UUUCAAUUGAUAUUUGGCUUAUAACUUAUAAUUUAAAAAGUUAUUAAGUUAAUAUUUAUAAUUUAUUUUUAUUAUUUUGAUUUAAAAUUAAAUAUUUAUAAGCCACUUUUUUAUUUUAUUUUACCGGACACUACAAAACUGAUUAAAAAAUAAUUUUGGCAUUAAAACACGUAAAAUAAGUGGAUUCGAAAUGGUGAUGGAGUAAGUGAUGAGCUUUGUGAUGGAGAAAUUGAAGGAAGUGUUACUGAUCAUGGAGAAUUUUGGUGGUCAAGGGCUACUGAAGCUGGUAAAUUUUGGUGGGCAGGGACUCCAGAUGUUGGUAAAUUUUGGUGUGCAGGGUCUCUGGAUGUUGGUAGAUUUUGGUGGACAGCUGCUACCGAAAUUGGUAAAUUUUGGUGUGCAAGGGUUCCGGAUGUUGGUAAAUUUUGGCGGGAUUCUACUACCAAAAUUGGUAACUUUUGGUGGGCAGGUGGUGCUGAAGCUGUUAAGUUUUGGUGGGCAACUGUUGCCGAAGCUGAUAAAUUUUAGUGGGCGACUGAUGCUGAAGCUGGUAAUUUUAGGUGGGGAACUGCUGCUGAAACUAGUAAUUUUUGGUGGGGAGCUGCUGCUAAAACUGGUAAUUUUUGGUGGGGAGUUGCUGCUGAAGCUGGUAAGUUUCGAUGGGCAGCUGCUACCGUCAUUGCAGAAUUUUUUCGGUGGGCAAGCGCUAGUGAAACUGAAGAAUUUUGAUGGGCACUUGCUACUGAGUCUUAAGAAUUUUGGUGGGCACUUGCUACUGAGUCUUAAGAAUUUUGGUGGGCAAGCGAUUGACAAUUUAAGUUGGCUAGAGAAGAAUUUAUGUGGGCAACUUGUGAAUUUGUUUGAAAGGAUCAAUCACUGUUUUCGCGGAGCUUUACCUGAUCUGAUAAUUAUCGUGUUGUUUCUAGCUCUCUUCAAAUAUUGUUGCUACCGCCAUGAUAGAUUACAGCGCAAGGAAGAAGAAGCCAAGAAGUUGAAGCAGUUGCUGGAAAGAAAGAAGGCUGAAAGUAUGCGCUUAUCAGAAAUGGAGAAGAGACAAAAGCUGCGCGUGGAGGAAAUGAGAGAAACUCAAAAGAAGGACCUAGAGAAUAUGAAUUUGAAGGUGCGGAUACGAGCUGAAGUUGGAAAGGAACUCAGUAAGCUUGAAAAGACCUGCCAUGAUAUGGCUUCCGUGUUGCACGGAUUGGGAAUCAGUAUUGGUGAGGGAACUAGUCACGAGGUGCGCGUUGCUUACAAAAAAGCCUUGAUGAAAUUUCACCCGGAUAAAGUUUCAAGAUCUGAUAUACUACAGCAAGUUGAAGCUGAGGAGAAAUUUAAGUUUCUUUCUCGCAUGAAGGACAGAUACUUACCAACUUUAUGACUGUUGACAUAGGAGAUAAAUGUAGUUUAUUCAGGGUUGAGAUGGCUUUCUAUAUAUGCUGCAAUGCACAGCCUGUUUAAGUUGAUUUAAGGCCAAGUUUACCAAUUGUGAGAGUUGGUCAACUUAUAAUUUGAAAACAGUAACAAGUACUUGUUGCAGUUGGAUAAAAAUGGAGUAUCUGCAAUUAUAAAUCUUUA